AUGCUCCACUUUUUGUACAACAAGUCCUUUUGCCGGCUCACCCACAGCCAGUCAGCCACCAUGCAGCACUCCUCGCCCUUCCUCUCGCUCCUCCUCCUCCUCGCCGCCUCGCCACUCCUCGCCGCCGCAGAAACGAUCUACUGCUUCGGUGGAGUACACAAGACCAACAGCACCUACGGGGCCAACCUCCGCCGCCUGGCCGCCGUCCUGCCGUCCGAGACCGCCUCCUCCCAAGGCCUCCGGGCGUCCGGUGACGUGGGGUACUGGCCUAACCGGGUGCGAGCCUCCUCCAGCUGCGAGCCUCCUAGCGUCAACUCCUCGUCCUGUGCCGCCUGCGUCGCCGCCGCCUUCCGGGAGGCGGAGAGCGCGUGCCCGUACGGCAGGAAGGUGCUCGUCUUGGCCGGCAACUGCACUCUCCGACUCGGUCUUGGCCAUUUUUCUAGAUCUCUCGGCUUGGGUGAGGGUGGGUUCUCUGGCAUCUCUUCUCAAGAAGAUGGAAGCACUAUCUAUUUAUAUGCCACAGGCGACAACAGUUGGUUUCGCCUCUUGGGUCCGACGACACUGAUAUUUCAAGCAAUUGGAUUUGCAUGGCUUUUCUUCAUGCUUCUGCAAGAAUGGCGUGAUAAAAGAAGAGCCUCCAUGAUGCAUUGUAGCUCUCUUCCAUCUGGAGAUCAGUAG